AUGCCGGCUGCAAACGGAGACCACUCGUCCACCGGGGCUUUUGACGCCUCCCAGUUCCGCGUGGCCAUCGUUGGGGGCGGCAUUGGUGGACUAACAACGGCGCUCAGCCUUGCGACUUACAGUCCUGAUUUGCCCGCAAGCAACAUCACAGUGUAUGAGCAAGCCCCGGAAUACAGCGAGAUUGGUGCCGGGGUUGGCAUAGGUGUCUCUGCCGGUCGAGUGCUACAGAAGCUUGGGGUGUGGCCGGCAGCGAAUGCCAUCUCGGGCUAUCGAAACAACGUUCACCGGAGCAAUCGCCGUUGGGACACGGACGAGCUGAUUGUGGACGCCUUGGCCUUUGACAAUGGUGGCGCCGAGGAGGUAAGGCAGCUCUGGGUGCAUCGAGCCGAGUUUCUGGAGGUCUUGUAUGGCGAGAUACAGAGGAAGAACUGUGCAACGCUGAAGACGAACAAGAGACUCGUCGGACUUGAGGAUAAUGGCUCUACAGUGACGCUUCGCUUUGCUGAUGGAACAGAGGAGUCGGCGAAUCUGGUCAUUGGCUGCGACGGCAUUCACAGCGCCGUCCGCUCCCACUUUGCGGUGGACAAGCCUGUUUACUCAGGCCGAAUAGCCUUCAGGGGCAUAAUCCCUCUAUCUGCCGUUUCUGACGACUGGCCGUACUCGUCCUGGACGCUCUCGUGGCUAGCACCAAACAAGCAUUUCCUGGCGUUCCCUAUGUCACAAAACCAGCUCAUGAAUGUCGUCGCGUUCGUUUCAAAGCCCGAGAGCGAACUGGGCGGCCUCAAGGAGAGCUGGCGAAGUGAAGCGCCGCGGGAAGCCAUCGAGAAAGAAUACGCCGGGUGGAAUCCGACGGUGCAGAGGAUCAUCCAAGCCAUGCCGCCUAUCAUCAGCGAGUGGAAAAUCAAUGACAGGGAGAUCUUGUCUCAGUGGUGCUACCUGGAUGGCAAGGUCGUUCUCAGCGGCGAUGCGGCGCACGCAAUGUUACCCAUGCAAGGCAAGUUGAUUUCCUUUUUCUACUUAUAUACCCCUGCUUCCCAUGGCAACGUGCUCGGCUUUGCCGUGCGGGACUACCUGAAGAACCCCUCCGCUGGACUCGCGACGUAUAUGAACCUGUACCAGGCGGCACGGGUACCACGGGCGCAAAAGGCUCAGAUCACAUCACGGCAGGCGGCUGAGGUGUACGACAUGCACGGGCCAGACUUUGAGGGGAAGACGUUCGAAGAGUGCCUGCCAGUAGUGCGGGACAAGGUCAAGGAUCGCAUGGCGUGGGUGUGGAAGGGGAAUUUGGAAGCAGACUGGGCGGCUGCAAAGGAAAGCAUUGGGCUUGCAUAG